GUUCAGAAGUGUAUAUAAAGUGAAGUCUCAGAGUAAUUUCUUGAGCCUGAACACUUACUCUCACAGCGCUCUAAGAAGCUGAACCCAUCUGUAGUUGUACAGACACCAUCCAGAGUUGCUGAAUAGCUGACUACACUCUUAAUUGAAAGGCUUUUUUGAACCAGUAAGCAUCUUCUGAGUGCUGAAGUGUGUUCAGAAAUGAAAGCAUCCGAGUUGACGUCAUUCGCUCUGGGUUUUAUGACAUGUGAUUCGCAUUGACAGACUCAAACCCCAUCGUCACGGUCAACUCCUUUCUGCAUCUUAAGUCCACCGACGUACACGGCAAGCCACUGGAGAAACUGCUAACAGUGGAAACGCCAUCCACACGGAGAAUGGACCAUCUGAACAUCUCUCUCGUUAUUCUCCUCAUCUUCUGUUCAUCGAGUGCUGGGAAAACAUUCUGGACUCAUUUAGGAACACGCUGUAUUGAAGACUGCAAGACUGAUGGGGGCGCAUACAAGUGCAAAACUAUUGAUAAAGAUGGACAGUGCAAGACAAUGUACUGUUCGCCUCAGGGAAACCUGGACUACUUGGGCAGGCAGUGCAGUGAAAACAGUAAGUGUGGGAAGCAUGGAAAUGACUACUAUUCAUGCAAAAUUGAUUUCUUUCAUUGGGGAUACUGUGGGUUGGUGACGGACAUCAUGAACCAUUAUGGAUCAUACACAGGUGCACAGUGUUAUGACCACUGUGAACAAAGAGGUGAAUACUACUAUUGGUGCCAUACUGAUGAGGGAUGGGAUUACUGUUCACCUAAUGAAAACAUAGAUUAUAAAAACAGGCCAUGUAAAGAAGGCAGCCCAUGUGAAAAACGCAAUAAUGACUACAAGCGGUGUGCAGUGGAGGGUGGCUUGGGUUACUGUGGGCUUGUGGAACCAAAGAUGUUCAUUCACCGAACAUAUACAAAUGAUGUUUGUAUUGACGAAUGUCGGUAUUCUAAGAGUAAAGAAUAUUACUGGUGCCACACUGCCAAUAGUUGGGACUACUGCUCUCCAGAGGUGGAUAUAACUUACAACGGCAAGCCCUGUCGCUCAGAUCACUCCUGUGACUUAAAUGGCUAUAGUUACAACUGGUGCUUGACCUCAGAGACAGAAUACGAUUACUGUGGGCCCAUUGAACCUGAAGAGUGCACCUACGUUACAUUUACACAUCGCAGCAGAAGAACCCCUGAAAAUCAUAUCCAGGAAGUUGUGAUAUGCACAAGGGUGGACAAAGAAAUCAAGAUAAUAACCACCUUUACUGCUGAGCCAGCUUCUAGUGACUUCACUGAUGGAAUUCAAUUUAGACAUGAGGUGGAAAAAUUAACCAGUCAAUGGCACAAUGGGUAUCUGAUGGACCAGGCCCGUUCUAAUCUGAUACACUCUGCUAAUGUCCAUGUUGACUUGCAGAGUCCCAUAAUCCACAACAACCAGACAUACUAUAACCUGCAAGUCCUGCUGAAAAAGCCACAGACCCUUGGUGAAAGCACCAUCUUGUCCCAGGUCCUCGUGCCUAAGGGAGUCCCAACCCGUUACAUUCGCCGAGCCUUUCUGGAGAGUCUCAAGAUGCGAGCUCGGAUUUAUAUUGAUGUUGCAACACUAAAUGAUUGUGUGAUCCAUGAGUUGGAGACAUGAAAUAAAGUAUGGUAGACAGGGUACUGCUAUCACUGUACAGCAGAAAUACAGAUAAGAAAAUCUAGAGAGUAGAACCAAUGAGUACAUUUAUACAUGAGAUUUUAUCGAAAUUAUCUUUUUUUUACUUCUCAAAUUAUGCUGGUUGAUGCAUGUGCCGAAUUUUCUUUGCCAAUCUUAAGCAAAUUGUAAUCAAUUGUUUUGGUUCAUUUUAGAAUUUCCACAACCCUCGCAGAACUUAUGGGAUCAGCGUGAAAGCUCCUACUUAGCCCCACCCUGAUCUAAUGAAAUGACCUGUUUAAAUUUGCUUCUCUGAUUUCUAGCUUUCAUUAAUUUUGCAAGAUGUCAAACCAUUCCAAAUCGACUGAAAUUCUCCAACAGCAGGUUGUCCACUUGAAGGCCAACCAAAGCAGGUCAUGGAAAGAAUUAAACUGCUGUGUGUGGUUUGUGAAAAACAAGAAGCUUGACUGCUUAUCUCUUCUAUGUUGACUGCAACGGUUGUUUAUGAAUGUUUUUGCCUAGUCACAAGAACUACUUACAACCUCAGCAACUAUGUCCAAAGAAGACAUUCAUGCUAGAACUUAGAAAAUCUUUGUUAGUUCGAGACAAAACCUUGUGGUGAAGACUUUUUGCUGGUAUUUUUGAUUGGUUAUUUUAAACUUGUUCAUUAAAGC